AUGUCGUUCCCACAAACAUUGCAGGGCAGGCCCGGCCAAUUCCAAAACGUUCCUGACUCAAACCUCCAAUUCGAUCUCCCCCCAUCCGACCCAGACGCCGAAUUCCACCGCCGUCCCCCCGGUCCCCAUGGGGAAUUCAGCGGCAGGCUGCGAGGGCGGGACUCUCGCCCCCAGAUUCACCAGGAUAACCCACCUCUUGACAGCCCCGCACCAAACUCCUCGGUGCAGCGGCGGGCCUCUGUCGGAAGGGGUAUGCGCCCGGAAAUGUUUCAGGGCAUGCCGGGGGCUUUCCCGGGAGGUGGUAUCAGUGGUGGUGGUGGUGGCGGUCGGGGAAGACCACUAGUUAUCCAGCGCGGACAACCACCGGAGGUGCUGUAUGUCAGCUUCAGGAAACGGCCUAACAAGAGUUUUUGGGGGAGCGGACGGAUCGUGUGUGAUCACAUCGUCAGGGACAUCAGUCCCGAUGCUGCAGAGAGGCGGAUUCGAAGACAUGAGAAGCCCGGGAAAGGGAUAUUGGCCAUUCUUAGCGGGAUGGCGUUUUACCAACGGGAACACAUAAAAAUACAGGAGCGCAGGCUGAACGAAGCGGAGAGGGAUCCAGGAUGGCAUUGGGUCAUCUCUGCUGUCGGUAAGGAGAAGCCCGACGCCAUUAAGACAUUCUGGGCAAUAUACUCCCAUUUACCAAGAGGUCAGAAGGGCCCCCAGUACCACCACCGACACAGCAUCGGCGGCCCACAGCCCCAGAUGCCUCGCGGGGAAUCGAGAGGGCGACCCGGCUCCCAUCCGCGCCAAGGCCCCGACUCAUUCAAGGUCCAGCCAGUAGAGAUCCCACCACCCCCUCUCCCUGGCAACUACCCAGGCACAAAUCUACCCACCCCCCCAGGCGCAUUCCCGCAACGUCCGUACGGGGAGGAGGAACCAUUUGGGCCGGGGAACUUUGGCGUUCCAGUGCCCGAGCCUCCGAGAGCACCUACACGACCCAAUCAGAAUUUCGAUCAGACCGAUGGACCCAGGAUUAGUGAGGUUUCUCCGAUCCCUGGGGAAUACCCGCAGCAUCAACAGGGCAGGGAAGAGCCUUUCCUGAGACCAGCAAUAAGGAGUCAGCUUCCGCAAGGGACAUUUGGCGCGGCUGACCCUUAUUCGAACGUUCCCGGGAAUAGGUCUUCUAUGCCUGCUAUGCCUGCUAUGCCUGCUAUGCCUGGCGGUAUGGGAGGUGAUAUGGGAGGUGGCGGUAUGGGAGGUGGUAUGGGUGGUGGUGGUAUGGGUGGUGGCGGUAUGGGUGGUGGUGGUAUGGGUGGUGGUGGUAUGGGAGGUGGUGGUAUGGGAGGUGGUGGUAUGGGAGGUGGUGGUAUGGGUGGUGGUGGUAUGGGUGGUGGUGGUAUGGGUGGUGGUGGUGGUAUGGGAGGUGGUGGUAUGGGAGGUGGUAUGGGAGUUGGUAUGGAAGGUGGUAUGGGCGGUAGGGGAGGCAUGCCAGACAGCAUGCCCGGUGGCAUGCCCGGUGGUAUGCCCAAUGGCCCCCGCAGCGACUACCCCCCACGCGAUGCAGACUUCCAUGACCCCCGAGGUCGCGACUCCCACCCACCCUCCCGACAGAUACCCCACCCCGACCCAGCCAUGGACCUCCACCGCUCAAACUCCCAUCACCAAGGGCCCCCCUCCCAACCCCGCUUCCACAAUGAGCACGAAUCCUUUCACACCUAUCGCGAACCCCACCACUUAGACUCUCACCGCCCAGCAACCAGCGGAGGCCCCCGCCGCGGCCGCGCCGCCACAAACCCAAACCGCGCAACAAUGGACUUUACAGACUGGGAAACCGACAAAAUGUACCGCACAGAUCAGUGGGUGUCUUCAAUGAGCGGCAGCAGCGGCGAUGGCUCCACAAGCAGCAGCACGAGCAGUUAUCUAGGCGCCAACGGCGACUACGUCCUCGAGCCACCACCCCCCGCCCGCCGCCGCAGCAUAUCAGUCCAUGGUGAGCGCGAGCGUGACCUAGAAUAUCUCUCUUCUCCAAACCACCACCCGCUCCCCCGCGGCCGAAGCUUCAGGGAACCUCGCCGACGCAGCACUUACAACGCGAGGGCCGGACACCCGGAGAUAGAUUACGAAUACGCUCUCGCACCCCGAGAUGGUGGUUCUGGGGGAAGGCCGAGGUACAGGUCCGUGUAUCACGGUAAUCCUCGGCCCAGGAGUCUGAGCCGGAGACGUAGUGGAUACUUUCCGGAUAGCAGGGGCUACGAUUAUGAGUAUGAGAGCGCCGAGGAUGUUGCCAAUGGGAUAAGGGAUCUUAGGAUUGGUGGCGGGCGGGGAGGGCCCAUAAGGCAGUCAAGGUAUGAGGCGUAUAUCGAUAAGGGGUUGGUUAAGUAUAUGUGAUUGGUUAAUGCAACGGGUUGUUUCGUUUGAUUUUAUUUGGGUGUUUAUUUAUUUUGUAUUUUUCGGCCAGGGGUUUUUUUUUUCUUUUUCUGUUCUUUCAUCUUUCCCUGUCAAUUUUGAUUUCUUCUUCUGAAACGUAUCUAUAAGUAUCAUAUCGCAUCUUUUUUUUUUUUUCUUCUUCUCUUCUAUUAUUUCUCAUUCUUCUUAUUCAAUUCCUGUACUGUACACAACCCUUCCAUCAAAGUAUACAACCUAUACUUUUCCAUUGAAUCACACUGGACGCCAUAAAAAGCGGGU